AUGAAAUCAACUUCCGCUACUUUCAAACCACAACCCACCAUUAAAAAUGGGUGUGAAGCUCGGUUGACAGCUUGUUCGGAUAUUACGGGGACGUGGAAAAUUACAGGUGUCCAUCUCGAGCAUAAUCAUGCUAUAAGUCCCUCUAAAUCAAGAUUAUAUCGUUGCCAUCGUCAGUUAAGCACCAAUAUUAAACGACGACUUGAGGUGAAUGAUGUAGCUGGAAUUCCUUUACAUAAAAGCUUUAAUUCGGCUGUUGUAGAGGCUGGUGGGUAUGAAAAGAUGUCAUUUAUUGAGAAGGACUGCCGAAAUUAUAUUGCUAAGGUUCGACGUUUGAGACUCGGAGAAGGGGAUGCAGCUGCAAUUCAGUCUUACUUUUCUAAAAUGCAGGCUAAUUGUCCGGGUUUUUACUUUAGCAUUGACUUGGACGAGGAGUUUCGGUUGAAAAACGUAUUUUGGGCUGAUAAUAGGUGUAGAAAAGCAUAUCAAGAGUUCGGUGAUGUAGUGUUAACCACCAUGGUCAUUCUACGCUGUUUGGAUGUGGCUUAA